AUGUGUGACCAGCAGCAGAUCCAGUGCUGCCUGCCGCUCCAACAGUGCUGCGUCAAGGGUCCCUCCUUCUACUCUUCUCACUCCCCCUUUGCCCAGAGCCAAGUGGUGGUUCAAGCCCCUUGUGAGAUGCAAAUUGUGGAGUGCCCUGCACCAUGCCCAGUUCAAGUUUGCCAGGUGACAGACCAGACUCCAUGCCAGUCUCAGACCACACAGGUGAAGUGCCAGUCUAAGACCAACCAGGUGAAAGGCCAGGCUCCAUGUCAGUCUAAGACCACCCAGGUGAAGGGCCAGGCUGCAUCCCAAUCUCAAACUUCCUCUGUUCAAAGCCAGGCUCCAUGCCAAUCUGAGGUGUCCUACGUGCAGUGCGAAGCCUCACAGCCUGUUCAGACUUGCUUCGUAGAAUGUGCUCCAGUUUGUUAUACAGAAACUUGUUAUGUAGAAUGCCCAGUCCAGAACUAUGUACCCUGUCCAGCUCCUCAGCCUGUCCAGAUGUAUAGAGGGCAUCCUGCAGUGUGCCAGACUCAGGGAAGGUUCUCCACCCAGUGCCAGUAUCAAGGCUCCUACAGCAGUUGUGGCCCCCAGUUUCAGUCAAGGGCUGCGUACAACAGCUACACCCCCCAGUUCCAAUCGAGGCCUUCCUACAGCAGCUGUGUCCCUCAGUAUCGGUCCCGGGCUUCUUUUAGCCCCUGUGUGCCCCAAUGCCAGACCCAGGGCUCCUAUGGGAGCUUCACUGAACAGCACCGCUCUCGGAGCACCAGCCGAUGCCUUCCUCCUCCUCGGCGGCUGCAGCUUUUUCCCCGCAGCUGUUCCCCACCAAGACGUUUUGAGCCCUGCUCCAGCAGCUACCUGCCAUUAAGACCCUCUGAAGGUUUUCCUAACUACUGCACCCCACCCCGCCGUUCUGAACCCAUCUAUAACAGUCGCUGUCCUCGACAACCCAUUUCAAGUUGCUCUCAGAGACGUGGCCCCAAGUGCCGAAUCGAGAUUUCCUCCCCGUGCUGCCCCAGGCAGGUUCCCCCACAGAGGUGUCCUGUUGAGAUUCCUCCCAUCAGACGCCGCUCCCGGAGCUGUGGCCCGCAGCCCUCCUGGGGCACCUCCUGCCCCGAGCUGAGGCCACACGUAGAGCCACGUCCGCUCCCAAGCUUCUGUCCACCACGGCGUCUUGACCAGCGUCCAGAGUCACCACUGCAGCGAUGUCCACCUCCUGCUCCACUUCCACGUCUGCUCCCAGAACCAUGCAUAAGUCCAGAACCACGCCCGCGUCUUCUACCACGACAACGUUCAGAACCUUGUUUGUAUCCGGAACCACUUCCAGCACCACGUCCAACACCGCGGCCAGUUCCCCGUCCUCGCCCAGCGCAGUGUGAGAUUCCAGAGCCACGUCCACACCUGCAGCCCUGUGAGCACCCAGAGCCUCGUCCACGGCCAGAGCCAAUUCCCCUGCCAGCCCCCUGCCCAAGCCCAGAGCCCUGCAGGCAGCCUUGGCGCAGCCCCAGUCCGUGCUGGGGCCUAAAUCCAGUUCCAUACUCAGGAGACGUAGGCUGUCAUGAGUCUAGUCCACACCGCCUAGACACCGAAGCUCCCUACUGUGGCCCAUCCAGUUAUAACCAGGGGCAAAAGAGUGGUGCUGGCUGUGGGCCUGGUGAUGUGUUUCCAGAGAGGAAGGGUCAGGAUGGCCAUGGAGACCAAGGCAAUGCCUAUGCUGGAGUGAAAGGGGAAGCAAAGAGUGCUUAUUUUUAA